CCAGAGCAUCCCAAGCCAUUCACCAUGCCCAUCCUCGCCUACGUGCUACUACCCUUCUUCUCCUUGCUCUGUAGGUCGGCUCUGCCUCUGCCCCUUCACCCGGCGCAGCCCACAUCCCAGCCCCAGCAUGUGUACAUCGUCCACACCAUCGGUGUGCAGCCCUACCACACCCUGCUCCCAGUCGCAGCUAGCAACAGAGUGAUCCACGAGUACUCCACUGUCCUGACCGGCUUCGCCUGCCGGCUGACCGCCGAGGAGGCCCGCCACAUGUCCGGCCUCCCCGGCGUCAGAGCCGUCUACCAGAGCAGGGUCUUGCACACGCAGACCACAAGGUCCCCUGCUUUCCUCGGCCUCCAGGAGGAGUCCGGCGCCUGGCCGGAGUCGGACUUCGGCGACGGCGUGAUAAUCGGCUUCAUCGACACCGGCAUCACGCCGGCCCACCCCAGCUUCCACGACGCCGGCCUGGGCCCCGUCCGCUCGUCCUGGAAAGGGAGGUGCGUGCAAGGCGACGGCUUCGACGACAGCUCCUGCAACAACAAGGUCGUCGGCGCCAGAGCCUUCCUCGACGAGCUGGUCGACGGCGAGCGCGACUUCACGCCCGUCGACCGUGUCGGCCACGGCACCCACGUCGCCGCCACGGCCGCUGGCUCACCGGUGCGUGGCGCAAACCUCCUGAACUUUUCGCGCGGCGACGCGACGGGCACCGCACCUAAAGCCAAGAUCGCCAUUUAUAAGGUCUGCUACCGCUAUGUCGGGGGCUGCCCGGACUGGGCCAUCGUGGCGGCCGUCGACGCCGCGGUGAGCGACGGCGUGGACAUCAUCUCCAUGUCCCUCGGUGCGGCCUCGACGCCCUUCUACGACGACGCGUUGGUGGUCGCCACGUUCGGCGCGGUCCGGGCGGGCGUGUUCGUGGUCCUGGCGGCGGGCAACAGCGGGCCGAACGCGUCCACGGUGUCCAACGCCGCGCCGUGGAUGACCACGGUGGGCGCGGCCACCCUGGACCGCGUCUUCCCGGCGACGCUCAAGCUGGGCAGCGGCGUUCAGCUCACCGGGCAGUCCCUUUACAACAUCAAAUCGCAAGGCAGCACUCAGGUCCUGCUUGUCAGCAGCACUUGCACGCCCAAAGAUCUGACGCCCGACCGGGUCAUGGGCAAGGUGGUGGUGUGCUCCAGCAUGGCCGGAGCGGGAGCCUAUACCGGCAGGUACGUCCAGCGAGCCGGGGGCGCCGGCAUGGUCACCACGGAGGCCGUCGAGCGACGGGGAGAGGCGGUGAUGGCGGAGCUGUUCGGCCUGCCCGGGCUCGCGCUCAGCUACACCGCCGGGAAGACGCUGGAGAGCUACAUCUCGUCCACAGCGUACCCCGUCGCCUCCUUCAUCUUCAGGUGCGACACAGUGACCGGGUCCGGCGCGAGCCGUGCACCUUUGGUGGCCGGGUUCUCCUCCCGCGGCCCCAGCCAAUUCAACCCAGAGAUCAUCAAGCCGGACGUCAUCGCGCCCGGCGUCAAUAUCCUGGCGGCGUGGAACCAGAAGCCGGAGGAGGGAACGGAGGAGGAUUACUACCUUAACAUUAUCUCGGGCACGUCGAUGGCGUGCCCGCACGUCGCCGGCGUGGCGGCGCUUAUCAAGAAGCAGCACGGUGAUUGGACUCCGGCCAUGAUCCGCUCGUCUUUGAUGACCACUGCGACGAUGCUGGACAACCGGAAUCAGCCGAUCGUUGACAGCGGCAACAACGUGGAGGCGACGCCCCUGGUGGCCGGUGCAGGGAUGGUCGUCCCGACGCUCCCCAUGGACCCGGGCCUGGUGUACGACGCCGGCGCUCAGGACUACAUCGACUUCCUCUGCAGCGUCGGCUACACGGCGGCGCAAAUCCGGCGUUUCGAGCCCGGGUUUGUCAAGUGCACCAGCACGGCGGCGACUCCGGGAGGCGCGGCCAACCUUAACUACCCGUCGAUGGUGGUCAUGUUCGACGGUGGCGUCGUCAUGCGCAGGGUCCGUAGGACGCUGACGGCGGUGUCGCAGCAGGAGGAACUCUACGAGGUGACCGUGACCGCGCCAGACGGGGUCGCGGUCACCGUCACGCCCACGCAGCUCCACUUCAGCCAGUACAUGGAGAAGAAGACGUACAUCGUGGACUUCAAGCUCAAUACUGAGGCGGUGAAGCCGGCGGGGACAUGGGAGUUCGCCGAGAUCGCGUGGAAGAGCAAGCACCACCACGUCCGGAGCCCGGUGGCGUUCGGCUACUGAGCUCUGCAUUCUUCUUCCACUUCGUCAUCUGUUUCUGUUUCUGUUUCUUCUUCCACUUCAUCAUCCUUCAUUCCAUGUGUUUUGCCAUCCUUUUGUCAGCCAAGAAAGAAGUUGGAAAGCUUUUACACUAGAAUGUUGUGAAUUUUCUCAUUCAUCUGUCCGUUGAUGUCAUUAAUGUUUCAGUAUCAUCUUCCAAUUAGUGUUU